AUGUUAUUAGAUGCAGCAGCUGGUGGCACCAUGAUGACUGUGAGCCCAGAAGAAGCUACUCAAAUCAUAGAAUCUUUGGCAUCUUCUGAUCACCAAGCAAAGCAUGGAAGACAUCAAUCUCAUAAAAGAGGAGUUCUUGAUCUUAGUACUAAUGAUGCAAUCCUUGCUCAGAACAAGCUACUGUCUCAACAGAUUGAAGCACUGACUAAGCAGAUGGCCAAGGUUCCACAACAGCUUCAUGCUAUUGCUUCUUCUUCAACUCAAUCAAAUUCUUCUUUAAAGUGUGAUUUUUGUGGGGGAGAUCAUCCCAAUGGUCACUGUUCUGAUUAUCCAUCUAUGCAUGAAAGAACCAGCAAAUUAGAGGAUACUCUGAACCAGUUCAUGCAGGUGUUUAUGAACAACCAGACGAACACAGAGGCAUCCAUCAAGAAUUCAGAGGUGCAGGUGGUACAACUAGCUGACAUGUCUGGAGGCCCAUUUUCAGCCAAUACCAAGACCAACCCCAAGGAGCAUUGCAAAGCCAUAAUAACAAGAAGUGGGAAGGUAGUUGGUGAAGAUGUUGGAGUGAGUGAGAACAAUAAGGGUGUUGAUAAUAAGGAAGAAAAUAGUGAAUUGAAGGAGGUUGAGGAAGAGAGUGAGAAGAAUAAGGGAGAAAACAAUAAAAGUGAGAAUGUAGAUAGUGAGAAAAUAAGAGAGAAAAGUGGAGUUGAGAAGGAGAAGAAUAGAAAGAAGGGAAAGGAAGUCAAUUCUACUAUUCCUGUAAAAAACUUACCUUACCCUCAUGCUCCUUCCAAGAAAGAAAAAGAAAGGCAAUUCCUGAGAUUCCUGGAUAUCAUUAAGAAGCUUCAGAUAAAUAUUCCCUUCACUGAAGCCAUGGAGAAAAUGCCCACUUAUGCUCGGUUCAUGAAGGAAUUGUUAACUAAGAAGAGAAGAAUUCUUGAAGAAGAGACUGUGGAGCUUGAGGCAGGAUGCAGUGCCAUUAUACAGAAGUCUCUACCUUAG